CGUAGAUCUUUGCGUGACUUUUAGCAUGUGACUUGAAUGUCAUUUUCUUUAAAUAACUGAAGUCAAAGGUAUACUAGCAACAUCUAUCGUUGAGUCCAUCAGAGAGUACUUUUCUACGAGUAAUUCCGUCGUAUUACCACUUCAAAAAUGGCCACAGUGAGACAAAAAAUGCGUAAGAGAAAAGAUGGUCAUAUUUGUUUGAAAAAUAUUUCUAUGCAACAGGAGAUUGGAGGGUCAGCUGAAAGCAUUCCUUGCGCUAACUUCGAGAACCGUCCUUCUGUUGGUCAAAGUGGGGAAGAGCUUCGAAGAACCAGAUCGUUCUCCCUGCCAAGAGUGUUAAAGAAAGAAAACGACACGCAAACCUUACUUCAGAUCCUGUUUAGAACAAAAAACCGGCUUAAAAAAAGUAACUCAAAUUGCGGCACUUUGUUUACAAGUAACGAGAACGACAAAAUAUUUAACCAGGACGACAAUUGCACUAAGGUUAGUCAGCCGCCUUCCCAGAUUGAAGGCUUAAAAUUAGAGCAAAAUAACUUUGUGAUUCCUACAAUUUGCAUUCAACCACCCGAAGAAGUGGACAGAACCUCUCACUUAACGCAUCCAAUCACAACAGUCGAGCAGGCGAACACAGCACAACAGCUGGCAAACGAUCCAACAAAGGGUUUAAUGGAGGAUCCUAAACAGGCUUCAGCUAUAAGCCGCUCUGAAACAACCACUACAACUACAAAGAGAGGAAACAAAACGCCACCGCGAAGGAAAAGAAGCUUCUCGUGGAGCGAUAUUUAUACCAUUGGGAAUUUGAGAAUUAGCCCUACGGAGGUAUUGAAAGGGAGCAGUUCGUGGAGUGAGCUCCUCAACUCGGCUGCGAGAGAAACCGACCUGUGCUCAACUGAUCUGUAGGAGGACAAUGAGGUGUCGCCCACUCGUGACAGAUGCAUAGAUUGAAUAACACACCAACGGCACUAUUUCGAACAUUGAAAAAUGGCUUUAAAAUGUUAAUUUGAGUAAAUUAAAUCUGUAUUAUGGAGUAAAGAACGAGUAGUCGAAUCAAAUAAUGACCAAAUGAAUUAACUGAUGAGAAUAAACUGUUCAGCCGUCCAUUUGGACAACAUUCUUCAUGCGCAAAGCGAGUUAAUCCUGCUCAACCUACACCGUCUUAGCUCUUUACUUGAUUACUGCUGACCCUCCUGUUGCAAUCGAUUUUUUAAGCUGAGACAUAUUCUUAGUGUCGUGAAAUUGUAUGGUUUGAAAAACGGCAAGUAAAAGAUCUACUUUUGGCAAAACGUACAUAGGAUCUUCUGGCUAAAUUUACAAGCUCAUAUGAACGCAAUGAUGAUUUUCACCUCUCCAACGCGCUAUCCUUUUCACUACCAACUGACUUAACAUGCUCGUAAACACUCAGACGCACGCACGCAUGUAGUCUUCCGGGAAAAGUGAACUUUUAUAAAGUGCUGA